AUGGACGCCCUUCGAUCGGCCGUGACGCCCAUCACCCACAACCUGCCCGCGCCCAUCCGCGACCUCGGCGAAUCUCUAAUCGGCGCGCACUGCUACAAGACGCUGCUCCUCGAUGUCGCGCUGGAUGACCAGGCCUGCAUGAAGCUCGCGAUCAGCAAGGGGCUCGGCAUUGGGAUCGUGGCUGCCUCGUCCAUCGUCAAGGUUCCACAAAUCCUCAAACUUGUCAAGUCGCGCUCGGCCGAGGGUGUCAGCUUCCUUUCAUACUUCCUUGAGACGACGGCAUACCUCAUCACGCUCGCAUACAACGUCCGAAACGAGUUUCCGUUUAGCACAUAUGGCGAGACGGCUCUGAUCCUUGGACAGAACGUUGUCAUCUCGGUCCUGGUUCUGAACUACAGCGGAAAGGCUGGCCUGGCAGCCGUAUUCGUGGCCGCCCUUGCUGCUGCCGUUGGCGCGUUGUUCACGCCCGGUGUGCUCGAUGCCAAGGCCUUGAGCUACCUUCAAGCUGGCGCGGGCCUCCUGGGCGUUGCGAGCAAGGUCCCCCAGAUUGCUGCCAUUUGGUCGCAAGGCACCACUGGCCAGCUGAGCGCCUUUGCUGUCUUUAACUAUCUCGCCGGAUCACUCACCCGCAUCUUUACCACGCUCCAGGAGGUCGACGAUAAGCUGAUCCUGUACGGCUUCAUCUCCGGCUUCGUCCUGAACUUGAUUCUGGCCACGCAGAUGAUCUACUACUGGAAUGCGCCGACCGAGAAGGCCAAGGGCAAGCGAAGGGCAGCUCCCAUCCGGGCUGCGCCCUCCGCCACUUCGUCAGGGGCUUCAGGCGGGACGCCCACAAAGAAGGGCCCCACCACUCGACGAAGGGGUUAA